AUGAAGUCAUUCGCCUUUUCCGCCGCCCUCCUGGCCUCGACUGCUGUGGCCCUGCCCACUAACGUCUUGUCCGGAGUAACUGGCUCGCUGCCCUCUGGCAUCCCCGCCUGCCUGCCCUCCGGCACCAUCCCUUCAGGCUUUCCCCUGCCUAUUGCCUCCCUGAUCCCCACCUGCUCUGGGGCUGCAGCUUCUUCCUCUUCCUCUGUCGGGGCAAUCCCCACCAGUGCUGUCACCAGCAUGACCAAGAGCUUCGGCGCUGGCCAAGUCCUGAACGUGCUCAACCAGGCCGGAACCUCCAACGUCAAGAUGGUGGCUGAGUCCGAGCUCCAGAGCCUCGUCAGCAAGCUGCCUCUCAGCGUUCUCGAGCAGCCCAUUGGCCAGGUCAUUCAGACUGCUCAGUCUGUGGACCAGUUGGACAGCAGCAAUGGCUCCGGUCUCACCCAGGUCACCGCAAUUCUAGAGAAUGGUAACGCUGCCCUGAUCGAGCUGACCCAGAGCGUUGUCGAUCUCCUCGACAGCCUUGGUCUCGGCGAGGUUGGCAGCCUUCUUGGCUCUAUUGUUGGCGGCCUUGAGUCCGUGACUGGAAACAUCAAGCGCCAGGACAUUGUCUCUUCCGCUCUCGGCUCAGUUGAGUCUCUCACUGGCAACAUCAAGCGCGAGGAUCCUCUCUCCUCUGCCCUGAGCUCCGUGGAGUCUCUUGCCGGCAACAUCAAGCGUGAUGGCCCUCUCUCCAACGUCCUCACCAUCACUGACUUGAACGGCCUCGCUGGCGGUAAGAACAUGAUUGUCCAGCUCGAGCCUACUCUCCUCGGUCUUGUUGGCGGUCUCGACCUCUCCACCGUCGAGGGUCCUAUCGGCAACGUCGUUGCAAUGGCCCCCUCCGUCUCCGGCCUCCAGUCCCAGAUGCCCCAGAUCCCCGGCGCUAGCUUCAUUGCCGUCCAGGCCGAGAACCAGGCCUCCGUCCUGCUUAUCAAGGUCGACUCCGCUUUCCAGAGCCUCCUCUCUACUUUUGGUCUCGGCAGCCUCGGCAUGGCCGUGGGCACCGUCGUCAGCACCGUUGACGCCGCUCUCUCCCAGUAA